UGUCGAUUCCUGAUUCUCAUCAUCUGACCAGGAGUCAUCAGUCAAGAGUGCAAUUAUAAGCCUUGGUUUCGCACUCAGACUCAGAGUGUUCCGACUACUCGCUGCGCACCACGUCGUUCCAUCGCCGCAGGUGCGAGGCGCGGCUGACACGUUGCCAACACCUUUCAAGACCUCCACUGCUCUCGUCUGCCAGCGGGAACAGGCUGAGGUCCGCUUCUCCAACAUACUGCGAGCAAUGGCCGGCUGUGUGCGGCGCUAUGGAUGAGCGUACUGGCAGGUAGCCUUGGAUCGGUAUCGACAUGUCAGGAAGGCCUUCGAUGUCCAAGACGAGCUUGAGCCAGCAGCUCCUCAGACCUUUCAGGUCCUCUCGCUCUUCUGCCGCCCCACCCUCUCUCGCGGCUUCUUCAGCGACCGCUUCGCCGCUACCUGGAGCAGUGGACCACACCUUUGGCGAUGCGUUGACCACCUCUGCACCUCUGCUACCCACGGAUGCUCUCCCCGCCUCUGCUCCUUUGUCCAGGUCCGACUUUGAGAAGGAUGCCGCAGAGCUGAGGUCUCCUCUCCCGCUGUCGCAGCCCAAGCGCGAUGAGGUGGUCGCGGACAGAGAAAGACGGUUGAGAGGCAUCUUGGCUGCAGUAAGGUACGCUUCGGAGCAAGAUGCGCUUCUGGAGGAGCACCACACCUCUGUGCCCCUGUCUCCUGCGACUGCUGUCUCGAGGGCCAGCCCAGCUGCUGCUGUCAAACAGCAGCCCAGCUUACGACAAACGGAUGUUGUCAGACUGUGCAUCCAACUGCUCGGAGAGGCGAGGGAGCUUCCAAUCGUACUGAGAGUAGCUGUAUGCGAUGUGGUUACGGAAGCAGUGCGACUUUCCGACAAGAGGGCUUCCGCUGGACCGAAGGCUUUGGCAGAGACGAGAAGCGGAGCGCCCGGUUCCCAAUCUUCCAAAACGAACGAUGGAGCUCAAGCGCUGGCCAACAUCGAUCGAGCUCUGCUCAGUCACCUGAUCACUGACCUCUCCGCCGGCUUCGAGCAUUGCCUUCCUUGCAAGAAAGACAUCGCUGCUACCGCACUGCCCGCCCUACCGGCUCAGAUUAGAGCAUUGGAUGCGCUAUCAAUGGACGGGAGGGACGUCGUGGCGUUCAAGAGCAUCAUCGCCUUGAUCGGCACUUGGCUGCACACGAUGUGGAGUGAGAUUCAAAUUCUGCGUCGACUUGCACAUGCAGAGCUCCAAGAGUCACAGCAGGUCCCACCCAGCUCUCCAGCGACAAGACUUCGUCAAUUGCGCGAGGCCGGGGACCUCCUUUCCGUGCAGCUUUCUUUGAGGGAGUGGAAUCUGCAGGCCCUGUUGCAAUUGGCCACUUCGACUUUCAAGUUCUCAUUCACCAAAUUGGAUCUAGAUCAUGUCGAAGAUCUUUUCUUUGAGAUUGCCGACCUCGUCCUCGGCCAGAAUGUGCAAGCUGACCCUAGCGGAGUGCAGCAGUCCACAGGUGUCCCUGCAGCAACUGGAAGCAGCAGACGCAACAGAUCCAAAGAUGCUCGACCAUUGACGGAAGGCUAUGAUUACUAUGGACUUGAGCAGCUGACCCCGUCAUCCGGCAGUCUCACGCCUGUUAUUUCGCCAGCAACGCAGAAUGCUUCCAGAUCCCCACUUUUAACAAGCCUGAUUUCCGCUUCCGCUAACAUUGCGGGUCCUCCAACAUCCACCGAAGCUUCGAUCUCGCCAUCCUCGACACCUAAGGUUGCGCCGAUAGCGCUAGCUACGAUACCGCCGGCAUCCCAAAGCAACGCGCCAGCACCAAUUAGCUCGAAGCCGAGCUCGGAGCUUCACGCCAGCGAUGUUAGAGCCAUGAUCGCAUUGUUCGAUGCAGCCCUCCGGUACGGGUCUGUACCUCCUGCCUGUGUUGAAGCUGUAGCCGACGUCCUUUGCUGCUUCCUAGGCCACCAAGCGGCCGAGCGAGUGAAGGAUGGCAGGGAAGUCGAAGAGGAGCUCGAUUGGCGGCCACAACUUCUACCGGUUAUUACGAAUUUGCUCCGCAGUCACGGUGCCAAUGCCGCGCUUCGACAUGUCCGAGGCAUGUUGGCAACAAUACCGUUCCAAGCAGAUAGCUACGAAGCCUCUGGAGCAGCCGCGGAUCAGCAUGCUCACACCGCGCUCGGUCUCUAUCGCGAGCAGCUGAGCGUUCUACUUGGAGCCGUUAGCUUCUUACGCCACGCCUUGUUCGUCGUUGGCGAGUCUGUAGCUCCAAGCGCAGCGCAUCGCGAGGCUACGUCAACCAGACAGAAUGAGGACGCGCUUGCGCCAUCCGUGUCCAUAGCCCUCAUCUUGCCGGCUCUCCGCGGCGCACUCGCGCGUCAAAUUGAUGCGCUCGACGUGGCUGUAUUGAAUCUCGUAGCAGAUCUUCUUCCACAACGGCAGAAGCCGCCUUCCCAUCGCCAGGAGUCUGUGGAGGAGUCGAUGUCGGCGGGGCUGACGUUGGUGGAGCCUUUGUCCCGCAGCGAUUGGGAUGCUCUACUGGAUUUGACGUCGAUCGCUCGCCGACAUACUGAAGGCGGAAAGCUGCAAGGCCACGCAACGAGCAUCUUCGAAAGUACCGCGUACAGCAGUAGUAGCGCAGCUUCUGCCCCUGCUGCUAGCAUGCCAUCGCCCGUUGCAGCGCUUUUGAAGACCAUCUCGCGCGUCAACCUCGCACCGGCUGCGACGGUCUUACGGGCUGAGGCUAGUUUAACGGCCGAGGGAGCAAAUACCCGCGAGCAAGACUCUGUUCCAUGGACGCCCAAGCUCGUCAAGUUGCUGCUUGCCCUCGCUCCAUUGUUGCCGGAUGCGACCGUUGUGGACCUCAUAAAGCACUUCAAGGCCCAGCACUCGUGCCUCCCUUGCGAUCCGCGCUGGAUACAAAACAUUCGCGAUCUGCUGCAAGCUUUCUUUCAUAGGUACGAGCAAACGGCGCGCGAUUUUGGCACCAUGCCCGCUCCCAAAGCCAGAGUAGAGCUGAUCGAUCUCAUAUUCAAGCAUGUGUACGAUAUCCUCAAGGAUUUGCCGGCUCAGAGGUCGGAAUUUGUGCUUGAAAUCGCUAUCCCUCUGGCAAAGACGUCGCUUGCCUACGAAACGGAUCCUGAGGUCGCAAGCGCGAUCACCGCAGUGCUUGUAGAUGCUGCCGUUCAAGCGGGCUCGCUGCCACCCGAUUUGCCGGCGCCUGAGCACUCUGACGAAGAGUCUGCAUCAAGACAGGAGAAAGACGAGCAGGAUUCGGGUCCACCGUCGCCUCGCGAGCUCGGACAGCACGUCAAUGAACGCCUGGCCGCUGUGGAGACGAGCAAGUCGGAGCAAGUCUUCGUCGAGAUUCGACAGCUAUUUGGACAGCUGGCCCGGGUCAAGGACUUGACUUCCACAGCUGCCACCGCUACAAAUCGAGCAGACCCCGCAAACGUUUUGACAGGCCAUGUCUCGUUCGCAGAUCCGCCUGGAUCGCACGAUCGACGCUCUGGAAGGGACGCACAGACGCAAACGCAUUCACGCCAUAGCAGCGUGGGCAACAUUUCUGUUGGAGUGGCACCGACCACCGUACCUAAGCGCGCGCUAGCAUCCGACAAGGCAGUGAAUUCUGUUCUGGCCCUCAUUGCCGUCUUUAACAGGAUGGCUUUCGCAUCGUCGUGGACCUCUUUUGCGAGCUCUGCAGAGCCGAGUCAGUCUCGCAGGCAUGCUUCAGGUCUCAAACAGACGCGUGCGAGCUGUUUAACCAUCUUCCGCGACCUACUCAGGCUCUUGCAACCCCCCGCUUCGUUGCGCGGACGCACCACGGAGAAGGAGAGCGGGACAGAUUCAAUGCAAGGAUCACCAUCUUCUGCGGCUAGACUCGCUAUCUUACAGUGGCUUCUGCGACUCAGGACUGACCGUCAGCAUCGCAUAUACCUCGUCACUGACGUAGACGAACUAGUGGAAGCUGCUGCCACAGCCUUGCAGCGCGGUCCAGACUCCACAGCCACUGGCGUUGGACCAUCUUCUGCCAGCAUGGAGAAGCAGAUCUCCACAAGCUCCUCGACCAGGCCUGGUAGGGCGAGCACUUCUGCUCGUCAAGAGCAGCGAGAGCCGAGAGGCGUGAACAAUUCUGUACAAACGUCGGAACGCUCCAAAUCUCGAAUCAGAGAGCCCUCGAGGGACAGAGGUAGAGCGAACGUCGAGUCGUCACGUCAAGAAGGUAGAAGAGAACGAAGUACCAGCAGAACUCGUAACCUCCCAAAGAUUCCUGCCGGCCCACCACACCCUGCUGUCGAAGCUCAGGAACCGCUCUGGCAACUUCCACAGCGUCUGCACUUCGAAGCGCCAGACUCGCACUUGCGAAGCGACGUGGUGUAUACGUACAUACAUCCUACUGCUGAUCCGCAUUGUGCGCACGGCCAUGCACACGGUCACACGUUCGAUGACGAGGACGAGGCUCCAAUACCGCUACCCGUGUCGGAGUAUCUCGCUCUGAUGGUGCGCAUUCUUGCCACUGAUAAGGACUGGGAAAUUGGAUCUUACCUGAUAUGCCAUCUACCGCAUCAACUCGCCAACAAGCAUCUUUUCUGCGGACCUAAAGCUAGAGACCAGAUCGUGGCUUUACGAAAGCUGCUCUGCUCUAGCAUCCUGGAGCACGCAUUGAUGCCCGAGCUGCAUCUGCCAGAGGAGGUCAAGCGGACGGACGUCUAUGCGGUCGUGUAUGCCACGCUGACGAUUCUGAUCAGCUACAGGACUCUGUUCAGCCGCUCGCAGCAAGACGAAAUGGUCGAGGCUUUCAUCGCUGGUCUCAACAAAUCUCAAAAUACCGCCCAGCCUUGCGUCAGAGCGCUUUCUGUCGCUUGCUACGAGCUGCAAAAAUCCGUCACACGACUCUUGCCUGCCAUGCUGGUCAAGCUGUCCACCGUCAUGUCUUCCACAGUCAUGAGCGUGCACAUUCUCGAGCUCAUCGCCGCUAUAGGCCACAUACCUGCUUGCUUCGCCAACUUUACGGAAGCAGACUAUCGACGUAUCUUUGGCAUAUCUCUGCAGUACCUUCAGUACCAUAGCCAAUGGCAACGCAGCAUGGACUCCACGGACCGGCAAGCCAACUCGACCACCAGCAGUGCGGAAGAUCCACGCUCUAGCCCUGCUCAAUUCACCCUCUCUCAGUACGUCAUGAUGCUCGCCUACUACAAUAUCAGUCUGUGGUUCAUCUCUCUUCGCAUCCCCGAUCGGUCCAAACAUGUGGCCUACAUCUCCCGAGGUCUUCGAACUGCCAACGAAGGUCGCGAAAAGCUGGCUGAUCAGACAGAGGUCUGCUUCGACUUUCUUGCGCGAUUCACUCAUUCCAAUGCCGAGCCCAAACCGACCAGAUCGUUCUUGAAUUCCAUCGUCAUGGGCGGCACGCCCGCAGCUCUCAAGGCGGGAGGGGGACUUGCUACAAAGGAUCCGAACGCAGUCGUCAAGAGCUGGCUGUUUGGCAAGGCGCUCGUGACGGUCUCCACGCUCAAAAAGACUGGCUGGGUCGAGAUCGUCGUGCGUCGACCUUCGGGUACCGCUGCUCUGCUUUGCAAACUCGAAAACGUGCCCACAAGCACUCUGCCGGAUGAAGAUGAUGAAAGGAUGGAUCUGCCUGCUAUGCUGAUGAUGCAGCGAGAUCCCGACGCCUUGUCUCGUCCGAUCCUUAAAGCGCCCACACUUCAGCCUGCCGAGCGCGCAGAUCGGCUCUCGCUUCGUCAAAGAGCCGAACAACGGCUCAGAUUUGGCGACGAGCUGCGAUCUAGGCAGCCCGUCGGACCGCCCGCAUCGCUCAGACCGCGCAUUGGUCGCUCGGCUUCCUACUCGGGCGGCACUUCUGGCGACAUGCUGAUCAGGACAGCUCCUGUUGAUCCCUACCGCAUCGAAGCUGCUAAUGCGGACGUGUCGAUCGACGAGCCGCACAGCACCAAUUUGCCGCGCACUGGAGGUCCGCAAAUGUCGGCUACACCCUCAUCCGCGGUCAUGGAAGUCAUCGACGAUGUACUUUCUCCAACUACCCCGUCGAAAGAGGACCAAUUGGCCCACUCGAAACAGUCCAGUCAGGAGGCUUCUGUAGGAGCUGCUGCGGAUUCGGCUCCUUCAAGUGAGCGAUACAAUGCGAGCAGCAGCAAGCCAUCGGCUAAUCGGUCGACUCGAGACGCGGCCAUCGAUCCUGGCUUUGUAGCCUUGCAGCUCACGGCGUUCCCAGAUAUGAAGCUAGAUGAGACGCCGCUAUUGUUGCCCAAUGAGCCGGCCACCGACCGUCUUAUUCGACACAUGGACUUUACGCCAGUCGUGGAUUUCCACAAGAUUGGUGUGCUGUACGUUGCGCCAGGUCAGACGCAGGAGCAAGACAUUUUGGCCAACGCGACGGGAUCAGCAGCGUAUGCGAGGUUCUUGUCGGGAUUGGGAAAAUUGAUCACGCUGAAAGGUCAAGAGGACGUGUACACUGGCGGGCUCGAUCGACAAGCAGACGAGCACGGCAAGUACGCCUAUGUUUGGGGCGACGAUAUCUCUCAGAUCGUCUACCACACCGCUACUCUGAUGCCCACAAGCGCGCACGAUCCCAAUCACGGACACAAGAAAGCUCUCAUAGGCAAUGAUUGGGUACACAUCGUGUGGAACGAGGGCGGUGAAGAGUACGGCUUCGAUACGAUCCCUAGUCAAUUCAACUUUGUCAACAUCGUCAUCUCGCCAAAUUCGCGCGGUGGUACGAACCUGGGAGCAGUGGCUCCAGACGAUAGCACAUUUUAUCGAGUCUCGUUGCAAUGCAAGCCCGGCUUGCCCAAUUUUUCGCCAGUCAGUGACGGUCAAUUGGUCUCUGCAUCGGCAUUACCUGCCUUUGUGCGCAUCUUGGCGCUCAAUGGCAACGUUGUGAGCCAAAUCUUUGACGCGACGGGAGCGACUUUGAGACCUUAUACGAGCAAUUGGGUCUCCCGGCUGCAGCAUCUUGGACGUGCGAGAGAGAAAGCAUUGGCGCAAAGACGCGCCGUGGAAGCUCAACAAGGCACAGAAUCCAUCGUCGAAGAAUUACGCUGGAUAUGAUCCUGAUCUAAUCGGACCCAUUCACCAUUCAACCUUGGUCUUCGUUCCCUCAAGCCCACUCACUCAUUCACUUUUUAGCAUUCAUGAUUCGCGCGGCGUUCACGUUCACAUUACGGCAAUGUCAUUCUUACAAAGCGCAAUUGCUUGCGCUGCUGCCCGGUGGAGCGUUAUUGCCCCUCGUCAUCUGGACUUGCAGUCACGUAUGUCCUUGAAGGCCUCUCAGAGUAGUGAAUGAAAAAAUCACGCAGUGCGAUCAGAU